CACCGCCAUCAACCUCCUGCAGCACCACGCACCUACAACACAUUGACGCACCGGGCAUCGCUGGUUGCGGAUUGGUCAGCCUGUCGCCUGCCUUUGGUUCACUUAUUCUUUUCAAACACUACUACUCCUCCUACUGCUACUUGCUCUCUCCUUUAUAGUUGCUUUAUCCCCCUCUCCUCUGCAAAUCCCUCCAUCUUCAUCGACUCACUCACACAAAGCUUCCUCUCCCUCACCUCAACAUGCCGCCGAAGAAGGUAUCGCACAUCAAGGGCAACAGCUCCGAGCACCGCUCUACUUCUCCUCCCGCUACCAACAGAAAGGUCAACCGCUCCUGUAUGGAGUGCACACGGCGCAAGAUCAAGUGCGAUGGCCGCCAACCCUGCGGGAGCUGCGUCUAUUAUCGAGCCGCAGACUCAUGCGAGUUCCGCCAGCGUUCUAGAAGAAACGCCGUCAGUCGAAGCUCAUAUGAAAAGCUAUCAGAAGAGUUGAGGGAACAAUCGCGCGUUCUCGAAACCCUUUUCCCCGGCCUGUCGGUGGCCCAUCUCAAAGGCAAAACACAGGCUGAGCUUCUCAGUCUCGUCACUGGCUCAAGAGAAGCCAGGCCCCCGAUAUCACUCUCUCAGUCUCACUUCUCACAUAUCACCGCGGAAAGCUCUGGUGAUGACGAGUCGCUGCAACAAAACGACGACUCCGCAGCCAUGUCGGAGAAUGGCGAUGCAUCUGCCGAGCGCCGCUGGGAUGAAUCGCUUGACAAGCCCAAUACUGUUGCCGUUGACGACAUCAACGGUAUCGGUCUUGUUACCGACAAAAAGUCAAGGUCAUACCUGGGCAUCUCAUCCAUGAGCGCGGCCUUUCGCGCCAUCUUUAAGCUAUUCCCGCCAACAAAGGAACACACUGCUGAGCGAGCAAGAGCAUGCGCUGCGCUGCCGCCAGCCUCACAGCUUGCAGCACCUGCUGUUGCACGCGAUCCAGCCAUGAACAUGCUCCGCGAGCAACGAUGUAUAGACUUUUACUUUGACCACUUCCACGCGGCUACACCCUUUCUCGACGAAGAGGACUUUCGCCGCCAGUAUGCGUCAGGGGAUCGCAGCGACAAGUCGUGGCUUGGUCUUCUUAACAUGGUGCUCUGUCUAGGCAGCAUUGCCUCUGGAAGCGACAACCUGCACGAGGAAUACUACCUUGAAGCGCGUUCACUGCUCAGUCUUGAUAGCCUGGGUUCAGGUAACCUAUACACCUUACAGGCUCUGGCAUUACUAGGUGGACAGUAUCUGCACUACCGCAAUUCCCCCAACAUGGCCUACGGUAUUAUGGGUGCUGCACAGCGCGUGGCCAUUGCUCUGGGACUGCAUCGUGAGCCCAAGAGGCAGCAUCUCCAGGACCCCGCCGAGCAAAGGCGGGUAGAGAUUGGCCGGCGUACCUGGUGGAGCUUGUUCUGCAUGGAUGUAUGGGCAUGCAUGACCCAAGGUCGACCUACCUGCGGCCGUUGGGACGGCUUAUCCAUGGACACUGCCCUGCCCUCGCCGUUGAACGCAGACGACCAAAUCUAUGCAUCCCUGCGGGCCAGUGCCCAGUUUUGUUUAAUCUGCGAUCGCAUUGAGCACCGUCUCGCCAAGCUGGGCAAGCUUAGCAUGCACGAUACCAUCAAUUUUGACCAAGAGCUGAAAGGAUGGUACGAGUCUCUACCGCCAGCACUUCGAGGUGUCGACAACUCUGUUCAUCCCCGUAUCCAGGUGGCCCGCGACUUGAUUCGCACUCGCUACUUUAACGCUCGAGUUGUGCUGGCACGCUGCUUGAUCCUACUCCUUGCGCAGGACUGGAAGCGCAAGAUUAUCGAAAUCGUUCCAGAGCAGCGACAAAUGGUGGAGCAGUGUUGCAUUGUGGCAGCAGAAGCUAUUGAUGCUAUUGUCCUUUACUGGACACCCACACGCUUCCAAAUCUGGAGCUCAGCAUGGUAUCUCUUCCAAGCUUGCACGGUUCCUUUAUUGGCCAUGGCCAUGGAGCGCAACACACAUACGACAUCAUCUAGCAAUGAGUUUGCAACAUGGCGCGACAGCCUCGCCAAAGCGCUAGCUGCGUUUGCAGAGAUGCGGCCGUGGAUGCGCACUUCGGAUCGCUCACCUGAGAUUGUGUCUGCCAUGUUUGAAGCACUGACUGCCGAUGCCGACGGCGUUACGCGCACACCAUCCAACACGGACGGAAGCCUGGACCUGUUUGGCUGGUGCGACGAGCAGCUUACCGAGAUGGACUGGAGCAUGUUUCUAGGCGAGGAAACGAUCCCACAAGCCAUCACGCAAGGACUCGCUUCAGGUAUGGUUCAGACUAUGCCACAAGUUUUGCCGCUUUAACCAGCAGCACAACAAUAAAAGGGGCUUGGGGAGUCGUGGCAUAGAAGCUUACUGAAUGAAAUGACUGAAUGACCCAUGGACGGACCAAUUGUAUGUAUCUAGCAGCCUUACGCUUUGUAUCAUAGUAAAUGUAACCAUCUACGAUUCAUAUUAUUCAUGACAAAUUCCUCCCCAACGUGAAGAUGGACCUGCACCCCCAUU